AUGAGAGAGAGCUUCCUCUUCAGCCUACUUCCGUCUAUUUUGGCUCUUCCUCUUUUGUCUUUAGUUUCCGUUUUUUCUUCCAUUAUCUUUCGCCUUCCAUUUGUGCUUUUCAAAAUACAGCCCAUCCCUUAUCCAGUCCUACUUGAUAAUAACUCUACUUAUUUUUUUACCGUUGAAAUAAUUCUGUGCCCAAUGAUUCCAAUCUUUCUUCUUCUGUUUGCAAAAGUCUCUUUACCAUUUCAAAAUAAUUUUGGACUAACACUGUCCAGCUUGAAACCUUCCGACAAUUAUCCAAUAAUAAAUUAA